GAGCCGAGUAUGCAAGGAAGUGCCCAACUCCCUUCCCCUAUCUCUCUCUCACCAUGCCUGCAGCAGCAGCAUACCAUUCUUCCCUGGGCUUCUCUCCCCAGAAACCAUCAUCCCAGCCCUCAAAUUCCCAGUAUCCAAACAGCCAUUUAACAACAAAACCCAAAACCCCCCUCCAAAAGCACCCACUUUACACAUCAACCCACACAAAACUCUCAAUCCAAUUCAAAGAAAAGAUCCUAUGCCUAGAAAUAAUGGGUGUUGAUUCAGGUAGGGCACUGUCCCUAAACCCAUCCCUCCAGACAGCCACCCUUCACUCAAUCCACUCCAUCAUCUCUUUCCUCCAAUCCAAAGGCAUCCUCCAGAAGGACAUGGGCAGGAUCUUUGGCAUGUGUCCCAAAGUCCUAACCUCUGAAAUCAAAACUGACCUAAACCCAGUCUUCAACUUCCUCUCCCAUGACCUACAAGUCCCAGACCAGAGCUUUAGAAGGGUCAUCAACAAGUGUCCAAGAUUGUUAAUCUCCAGUGUGAGAGACCAGCUCAAACCAGCUUUGUUCUACCUCCGGAGACUCGGGUUUGAGGAUCUGGAAGCUUUGGCUUACCAUGACCCAAUCUUGUUGGUGUCUAGUGUGCAAAAGACCUUAAUUCCUAAGCUGGACUAUUUGGUGAGCUUAGGGUUUUCGAGAAAUGAUGCAAUUGGUAUGGUGUUGAGGUGUCCAGGGCUGUUCACUUUCAGUGUUGAGAAUAAUUUUAAGCCCAAGUUUGAGUACUUUGCUAAGGAAAUGGAGGGUGGGUUGGAGGAGUUGAAGGAGUUUCCACAGUACUUUGCUUUUAGUUUGGAGAAGAGGAUAAAGCCUAGGCACAUGGAGGUUGUGCAGAGUGGGGCAAAGAUUGCUCUGCCUCUAAUGCUUAAGAGCACAGAUGAAGAGUUCAAGGAGUUGAUAAGGCAUGGGGGUAUUAGAUGACAGGAUGUGAUGUUGGGAUCGAAUCUCGUGUGCAUUCGAUGCACAGAAAAAGGUGGAGAUCAGUACACAAGAGAGGCCGAACGAGUUCAUUGGGAUCUCUCUUUUAUAUUUUGUGGUUAUGUACAUGAUGUGCUCCUUGGUGCCAUUGUAAAUUCUAAGAAUGCAUCAUACUGUGAUAUAUUUUCCUACAUUGUUGGAUUUAUGAAUUUUUAUGCCUCGUGUUUAAUUUA